AUGCCAAAAUACGAUAUUUCAGCCGAUUUGCUCCUCGAUCCAAUAUCGGUGUCGCAAUCGAUAUCGCUGGGCCAGCAUCCGGAUAGUGCUAUUGACAAUGUUCGUCGGCUUUAUGAACGACAUGACAAUGAAGAUGCAGCGCCUCCAAUAUAUUCCGAAAUGCUCAAGCUGCGGUAUGACGGGAAGAUCAGAAGUUGGCAUGAGGCUUCGAGGUGGAUAAAGUACGAGCAAGUUGUCGAAGGCGGUGGCACCCGCUUCUCCAAACCACACAUCACCCUCCUGAGUUUUCAAGGUCUCCUCCAGGCUCGAAAUUGUCUGCGACGUGGCGUGGUCGUCCUCGACUCCACGCGGGACUCUCUUUCCUCAGUUUUCGAGCACCCGACUUGCGCUUUUAUACGCCUGAAGACGGCUCAGAACUUUUACCCGGAAAUUCCCGACAUCCCGGUGCGCACCAAGUUCAUCUUCGUGCUCCUCACCCCCAAGGAUAACUACGAGAACGAGGCCGUAAUGAUUGGGAGGACAGUCGGGGCGCUGCUUUCUGAUGAGGUCUUCCGACGUGUCGCUGAACACACCCAAGAGCCCUACACGAUGGCCGACGCCAUCGAGGAGUUCAUGUCGAACAUGGUGGUGAUUCCGCCUGGGAAAUGUACGACCGAGACGCGUUGGGAGCCGAAAGAUGGUGGAACGGAAGAAGUUCGACUUGGGCAUAUGAACAAGCACAAGGUGUCGCUGGAGGGGAGCUCUACUGACGGAGAAUCCCACGCUGUUGGCCUUUACCGGACUGGUCGUACUUUUGGAGGACUUGCAGCUGACAUCAAAGCGAAUGGCUGGGAUUUCCUGGAAUUCCGCUUACUCGUCGGUAUCUGGAUCUUCAUCAUGCUCAUGAUCCUCACAGCUACCGAUGCUUCUGCACUUGUCGGGUUGAUCACACGCUUUACUGAAGAUGCCUUCGCUACACUAAUUAGCGUGGUUUUCAUCAUCCAGGCUUUCGAAAAACUGUUCGGCAUUGGAGCAACAGAAGCUAGGAAAUCUGCCGCAAAAAUGGCAGCGCUCCAAGCUUCCGGUUGCAAGUGCUUCGUGGGAAAUUCGACCGAAGACUCGUUAAUUGCCGGCUUUUUCCAGAAUGAUACUCGAGAAGGAGCGUGUGACCUCGGUGAAUUCCGCGAGCUUGAAAACCCGAUUGACGUCUAUCAGCUCUCAAUAAUUCUGACGCUCGGCACGUUCACGCUGACGUAUGCCUUCAAGGAGUUCAGAAAAUCGCCGUUCUUUUCAUCAAAUAUUCGCAAUGCCGUGUCCGACUUUGGAGUCCUAAUUGCUAUCGUCGUCAUGACCGCCUAUUCCCACUACGUUGGCGAAGACAAAGUCCCAACCCUCAACAUCCCGGACAGCUUCAGGCCGACGAAAGACCGCUCCUGGCUCGUGCUCCCCGUCGACGUCCCGCUUCAUCUAAUUCUGAUCGCCAUCCUCCCCGCCGCUUUUUACACUAUUUUGAUAGUGAUGGAUCAGCAGAUUACGGCCGUAAUUGUUAAUCGAAAGGACAAUUUGCUAAAGAAAGGCUAUGGCUACCACCUUGAUCUCCUCGUCAUCGCCAUCCUCGUGCUCAUCUGCUCGUUCCUUGGCUUGCCGUUUUUUGUGGCGGCUACAGUGCUUUCCGUGAUGCACGUCGACUCCUUGAGGGUACAAUCCGAGAGUGCAGCUCCUGGAGAAAAGGCACAGAUGCUAGGUGUCAAAGAGCAGCGGCUGACCGCUAUCCUUGCCCAUUUGAUGAUUGGAGUCUCGGUUUUCUUGACUCCAGUGAUUAAGCUCGUCCCAAUGCCCGUCCUCAUCGGUGUUUUCUUGUAUAUGGGAGUGGUGUCCUUAAUCCACCAGCAAUUCGUCCAACGAGUGGCGCUUUGGUUCAUGCCGGUGAAGCAUCAGCCCGACUACACGUGGCUACGUUGCGUGAAAAUGCGUCGUGUUCACCUCUUUACUCUGAUUCAAAUGCUGUCGCUUAUCGGGCUUUUUGUCGUCAAGUAUUCUCCGGUAGUAAAGAUGGCCUUCCCGUUGAUGCUCAUCAUUAUGGUUCUUAUCCGAAUGAUGCCACUCGAAAAAGUAUUCACCCACUCCGAGCUCAAAUCACUAGACGACAUCCUGCCCAGCUUUAAGGAAGUGAUGUUCCCGAAAAAUCGGGGAAAGCUGAGCAUCAACCAAUACGAAAAAGUCAACCAGGAUCCGGAAGCUCUGCUCAUCAAGGAGAGCCGG